AGCGAAGAAAAUCGAAAAAUAAAAGUAAAAUACGACUGUUCAAAACGCACUCUCCCAAGUCCGAAGCCUCCAAAGCCAAACACAGCUUCUUUGCAAUUUCAAUCCUAAUUCCAUUCUUCCAUCACACACCCACAUACCCUAUUUUCUGCAACCUGUAAUCGUCUCCAAUUAGAUUAGAUUAGAUUCCCCGGCCAGCAAUACCAUCCACAACAUGGGUACUUCCAUUCUAGAAGCGCUCAACGUGCGCGUGGAGGGUUCCGGCGACAGAUACCUCGUCCUCGCCCACGGCUUCGGCACAGACCAAUCCGCGUGGCAGCGCGUCCUUCCCUACUUCACGCGCCACUACAGCGUUAUUCUCUACGACCUCGUAUGCGCCGGCAGCGUUAACCCCGACUACUUCGACUACCGCCGCUACACCACCCUCGACGCCUACGUGGACGACCUCCUCAACAUCCUCGACGCCCUCCGUGUCCCCCGCUGCGCCUACGUCGGCCACUCCAUCUCCGCCAUGAUCGGAAUGUUAGCCUCCAUUCGGCGCCCCGACCUCUUCACCAAACUCAUCCUCAUCGGCGCUUCCCCCAGAUUCUUGAACGACAAAGACUACCACGGCGGGUUCGAACAAGGAGAAAUCGAGCAGGUGUUUUCCGCAAUGGAAGCGAACUACGAAGCAUGGGUGAACGGUUUCGCGCCGUUGUCGGUUGGAGCCGAUGUUCCCACAGCGGUUCGAGAAUUUUCACGGACACUGUUCAACAUGAGACCCGACAUCUCGCUGUUCGUGUCGCGCACGGUGUUCAACAGCGACUUGAGGGGGAUUUUAGGUUUGGUUAAUGUGCCGUGUUGUAUUAUGCAAACCUCUCGGGAUGUGUCCGUGCCUGCCACCGUGGCAACUUAUUUGAGGGAACACUUGGGUGGGGAGAGUACGAUCCAGUGGCUCGACACGGAGGGUCAUCUUCCCCACCUGAGUGCUCCGUCGUACCUUGCACGCCAGCUAGAGCUCGCGCUUUUGCCGUAGCGCGUGGCGCGACUGAGUAAGAGUAACUAAUUAACUCUAGCAGGUUAGGCCCUAGGAGGAAGCGUUGAAGAGUGAGGGCCCGGACGAAUAGCUGGAAAAGUGGACACCUGGCGAAUAACGUGUGGGGGUUGGUUCUUAGACUUUGGGAUUUUAUGUAAGGAUAAGAAUCUGCACGUGAUUGUCACGUGAUGCAUGGCCAUUUUGAUUAGUAUAAAUAUAAAUAUUUAUGGUUCUCUCUUUUUAUCUGUGAAAAAGGAAGAAAAGAGAACAGAGUUGGGGUCUUGUUUGUUGUUGAUGUUAUCAUUGUUGUUAUAUUGGAAAAGGUGUUGGUUUCUCUUUGUUGGUUGCUUCUGCUUUGUUACUCUGAUCAACAUAACUUGAUGAGCCCAGACAACUGAAA